UUCAUUUGGCAGUUUUGUUUUGUCAACGCACCGCGCCGCCAGCAUCAAAAAAAAACGUGGAAAAAUAUAUAUACUUAUAUAUAUAUUAAUUUUCGUAAAUCGGGCAUAAAGACUUGUGGAAAAUGUUGUAAAAUUUUGACGUGUAAAAUCUAAUAUCUAAUAGAAGUAACUAGAGACAAUCCUUUGGCGUUUCCCUCACACUUCCUCUCGGUCUUGCACGCACAAUGAGCCAACCCACAGCAGCGACGAAAAUUGUAAUUAUAGGCGCCGGUGCCUCGGGCAUUGCCUGUGCCACAAAACUCUUAGAAUAUGGCUUCCAGAAUGUCCUGCUCCUUGAGGCUGAGUCACGUUUGGGUGGACGUAUACAUACCAUACCAUUUGGCGAGAAUGUCAUCGAUUUGGGUGCUCAAUGGUGUCAUGGGGAAAGGGAUAAUAUAGUCUACGAUUUGGUGAAGCGACACGAUGAAGAACUUUUGGAAUCGACGGGCCCAGUUUAUGAGAAUUAUCAAUGUGUACGCUCAAAUCGAGAAAUUGUACCCGAACAUAUCGCAAAUCGUCUGAAAACUAUAGUUGGAGAUUCUUUAAUCAGUCGGCAAUUGGAAUUGAGAAAUUGCAGCGGUUCGCUGGGCAGUUAUUUGACCAAUAAAUUUUUCGAUGUCUUGAGACAACCGGAAAAUCGUGAUAUUGAUGAGGUUAUUGCCCGUGAGUUUUUCGAUAAUUAUCAGAAAUUUGAGAAUUCCGUUGAGGCCUCCGAUACCCUGGAUCAAGUGUCGGGUCAGGGUUAUUUAGAAUUUUGGGAAUGUGAAGGUGAUAUAUUAUUAAAUUGGAAAGAUAAAGGCUACAAAGAGUUACUCAAAUUAAUGAUGAGAUCGGGUGAAAUGAAAUCAGAAUUUGGCAUUUUAGAGCAACGUUUAAUACUGAACCGUCGUGUGGAGAAAAUCCAUUGGAAUCGAAAUGAUAAGAGAGUCGAAUUGGAACUAAAUAAUGGCGAGAAAUGUCUGGCCGAUCAUGUGAUAAUCACCGUGUCUCUUGGUGUACUCAAAGAACAACAUUUACGUCUCUUCGAACCCAAAUUGCCCAAGGAUAAACAGCGAUCUAUUGAUGGUUUGGCAUUUGGAACUGUCAAUAAGAUAUUUGUGGAAUUUCCUCGGGCAUUUUGGCCAGAGGAUUGGACGGGUUUCACGCUACUCUGGCGCGAUGAGGAUCUAAAGGAUAUAAAAGGAACAUCCCGUGCCUGGCUGGAAGAUGUAUUUGGCUUCUAUCGUGUCAGCUAUCAACCUAAUGUAUUAGCCGGUUGGAUAAUCAAUGCUAAUGGCCGACAUAUGGAGUCGUUGGAGCGAGAUGAGAUACUCGAUGGUUGCAUGUAUCUUUUCCGUCGUUUUCUCAGUUGGUCCAUACCCGAUCCGGUGAAUUUCCGUACCUCAGCUUGGUUUACAAAUGAAAAUUUCCGUGGCUCAUAUUCCUAUCGAUCCAUGGAGACCGAACAGCUGGGCACAGGAGCAAGAGAGUUAGCCCAACCCUUGUCGGUGGUGGUUACAUCGCCCAGAGAACGGGAGGACUUACAACAGAGUCGUUGUGACAAACCUUUGGUUUGUUUUGCCGGCGAGGCAUCCAGUGAGCAUUAUUAUUCAACCGUUCAUGGCGCCGUUGAGGCUGGUUGGCGUGAGGCCAAUCGUCUGGCUGACUUCUACGGUCUGCCCAUUAAAACUAUACCCAAAUCGCAACUAUAGCCGGAACUGAAAGAUAUAUGUCAAUACUAUAUAUAACCUGAAUCAGAGAGCUCUACAGAACUUUACUUCUCCAUCGAUGUCUUCGUUUU